GCCAGAGAUCUCCGUGCCCGCUGUCUGCCACCAACCCCGUGUCGUUGCUGGUGAACCACCGAGCUACCCUCGCUCCAUACAGCUCGAGACCGCGAGCCCAGCCACGUUCACGCCGACCAAACAGCGCCGGAGAGAGUUGAACUUUUGAUUGGGCGUGAGCCGUUUCAAUCUCCACAUUUUCUCCAAUCAGAAGGCAGCGGCCGCAGCCUUCCGCUCCUCAUUGGUCUCGAUGUGGCAGAAGGCGGAGGGAGAAACGCCGAGCCGAGGUCGCGCGAGAGCGGCGCCCAGUGCUCAGAGCGCAGGCGCUCAGGAGUUGGCAGGGACCCGGGCCGAGGGCGGGCCAGAAGACGCGUCGUUUGGCUUUGGGCAGCGUCGCAGAGUCGUCUGGGUCCAACCGCUGGGCCGCCGAAAGCUGUUGUCAGGGGCCUGGGCGAGAACGAGGCCCGCGAGGUUCCCGAUGGUGUCCAUGACUUUCAAGCGGAGCCGCAGCGACCGGUUCUACAGUACCCGGUGCUGCGGCUGUUGCCAUGUCCGCACCGGGACGAUCAUCCUGGGGACCUGGUACAUGGUGGUCAACCUAUUGAUGGCGAUUUUGCUGACUGUGGAAGUGACUCAUCCAAACUCCAUGCCAGCUGUCAACAUUCAGUAUGAAGUCAUUGGUAAUUACUAUUCAUCUGAGAGAAUGGCUGAUAAUGCCUGUGUUCUUUUUGCCGUCUCUGUUCUUAUGUUUAUCAUCAGCUCAAUGCUGGUAUAUGGAGCAAUUUCUUAUCAGGUGGGCUGGCUGAUCCCGUUCUUCUGCUACCGGCUUUUUGACUUCGUUCUCAGUUGUCUGGUGGCCAUCAGUUCUCUCACUUACUUGCCAAGAAUCAAAGAGUAUCUGGAUCAGUUACCUGAUUUCCCCUACAAAGAUGACCUCCUGGCUUUGGACUCCAGCUGCCUCCUGUUUAUUGUUCUUGUGUUCUUUGUGGUAUUCAUCAUUUUUAAGGCUUACCUAAUCAAUUGUGUUUGGAACUGCUACAAAUACAUCAACAACAGAAACGUGCCGGAGAUUGCUGUGUACCCUGCCUUUGAAGCUCCGCCACAGUACGUUCUGCCAACCUACGAGAUGGCCGUGAAGAUGCCUGAGAAAGAGCCUCCGCCUCCUUACCUGCCUGCCUGAGGAGUGCCUUGUCAAUAAACACUAUACCAGCUUCUUGUCUUGUGUAUUUUACGGAAAGCUGCAACGCAGGGCUCUCAGACUUGUUUGAUCUAAAGUGCACUGUCCUGUCUGAGCGUUUAUUUUCAAACACUAAGGAGCUUUUGGACAUGUAUUAAAACCUUUUUGUUAAGUAUCACAUUUUAGAGACUUUUUGAAGACAAUCUAGGUUAAGCAAGAACAAAGUGCCAUUGUUAGCCUUUAACUGAGGGGUACGGAGGGGAAGGGUAUUCUCCAUAUUUUCUUUCUUAACUUUGCACUUUCUCUGUAUAAUGGUUUGUAUUUCGGAUGUUUGAUGCCCUGGAUAGUUUCAGGAGAGUGAAUACAGUGUUUAGGAUGAAUGAGUUGGGUAUAAGAUCUGCAGUUUCCAGCUCUAUGAAACAGGAAACAUAAAUAGUAUUUUGACUUGUCCGUGGAAGAGGAUGGCUGCAUGCUUCUAAUUUGUAUGUUUCCAUCUUUGUGAUAAGAUGCUUUAAUAAACCUCAAAUUUUACCGA